CAACAUGUGUAACGGUCAGAUACUUGAAAAACAAAGUUCAUUUCCAGAACCUAUUUUUUCUGACAAAAUAGAUCUCAGUGAAACUUCUUCCUUAAUCUGGUUUCCUUGAACGAAACCUUAAAAAUUACUGAAUGGGUGAUACAAAAUUUCUGAUCUGAAAUAACAAUAAUUUGUCAAUGGCAGGGGCAGCUUCGGCGCUUUUUCUUCUAGACAUCAAAGGUCGUGUUCUUGUAUGCCGUGAUUUUAGAGGUGAUGUUUCAGCUGGACAGGCUGAGAAGUUUUUCACAAAGCUCAUUGAAAAAGAAGGUGAUCCGGAGUCUCAAGAUCCAGUAGUAUAUGAUAAUGGGGUCACUUACAUGUUCAUACAACAUAAUAACAUUUUCCUUAUGAUCGCAACAAGACAGAACUGCAACGCUGCAAGUAUUAUUCUCUUUUUGCAUCGUGUAGUCGAUGUCUUUAAACACUACUUUGAAGAGUUAGAAGAGGAAUCCCUUAGGGAUAACUUUGUUGUUGUGUAUGAGUUACUUGAUGAGAUGAUGGACUUCGGUUACCCUCAGUAUACAGAAGCAAAAAUUCUUAGCGAGUUUAUCAAAACAGAUGCUUACAGGAUGGAGGUAAAUCAAAGGCCUCCCAUGGCCGUGACAAAUGCAGUUUCUUGGCGCAUGGAUGGGAUUCGGUAUAAAAAGAAUGAAGUGUUCCUGGAUGUGGUUGAAAGUGUCAAUAUACUCGUCAACAGCAACGGGCAAAUAAUUCGUUCAGAAGUUGUAGGCGCAUUAAAGAUGAGAACUUAUUUGAGUGGUAUGCCUGAGUGUAAACUCGGCCUCAAUGAUAGAGUACUUUUGGAGGCCCAGGGUCGAUCAACAAAAGGGAAAGCCAUUGAUUUGGAUGAUAUCAAAUUUCACCAGUGUGUGAGGUUGACUCGAUUUGAAAAUGAUAGAACCAUAUCCUUCAUACCUCCCGAUGGCUCUUUUGAUUUAAUGACUUACAGACUCAGCACUCAGGUAAAACCUCUGAUAUGGGUUGAAGCUCAAAUAGAAAGACAUUCAAGAAGUCGAAUAGAGAUCAUGGUUAAAGCACGGAGCCAGUUCAAGGAGCGUAGCACUGCUACGAAUGUUGAGAUUGAGUUGCCUGUACCAUCUGAUGCUACAAAUCCUAAUAUUCGGACAUCAAUGGGAUCCGCUACAUAUGCACCUGAGCAUGAUGCAUUGUUGUGGAAAAUAAAAUCCUUCCCUGGUGGAAAGGAAUAUCUGAUGAGGGCAGAAUUCAGUCUUCCUAGUGUAAUUGCUGAAGAUGCACUUCCUGACAGGAAAGCUCCUAUACGUGUGAAGUUUGAAAUACCAUAUUUUACUGUCUCCGGAAUACAGGUUCGAUAUUUAAAGAUCAUCGAGAAAAGUGCAUACCAGGCUCUACCAUGGGUGAGAUACAUAACAAUGGCUGGCGAAUAUGAGCUGAGGCUAAUUUGAAGGAUAGUUUUAGUCCAGUAUGUUGCUGCUAUCACCCGUAAAUAUUUCCACUCAAACGUUCAAUAAUUCAAAUUGUUAUCUGGUGACUUGAGGAAAGUUACUCCAGAAUCCUUCCGUAUGUCUUUCGCAAUUUUUCCCUGUAUGGCUUGUCUACUCUCUUAAUUUUUUGUUCUUUUUUUACACUUUUAUUGAUGUUGUAUAUUUUUGUUCUCAAUUUUUCCAAUUUUCUGACUAUAACUAGGCAUGGCUGUGUUUGAAUUUUUUUGUUCUCAUUUGUCAGACCAAGCUAAUACGAAUCUUGAUUUUUCUCUA